AAUAAUUACAGCCCAAAGUCCUGUUUGAAGCCCGCUUGUGUUUGUUUUUGCGAUACAACUUCUUAACUUCUUGUUCUUAUAACGACGAAGCGCUUCUCUUCUUGCUUUUUUUCCGCCGGCACGCGGUCGGUCAGUCAGAGUCGAGCUCGAGCCGAUGUCGCUGUAGCUGUAGCGCGGCUGCGGCUACUAGUAGUGCGCUGAAGCGGGGGACAUGAUGGGGGAGCCUCCUCCUGAAGCCGCCGGUCACAUCGAUCCUGAGACCCCUGGGCGACCCGCCGUCCUGAACCCGUUCGAGAGCCCCAAUGACUACCACCGCCUGCACGAGUCUGUGGUGGUCAGUCCCUCGGUGUUCAACAGCUCCAGAUGCUCGUCGGCCACACCAGCAAAGUUUAAGUGGACAAUAGAUGAAAUGGCAAGUUUGCUCCCUGUCGAAAUUGAUCCUGAAGACAUUCAGCGGCAGUCUCUCUAUCUGAGCCAAACCAGGACUGAUAAAGAGAUUGAGGAAAAACGGCAGCAUGCGAUUGAUCAGUUUUUCACAAAGGAUGCAAUCGUUCCUUCACCUUGGGCUGCCCCAUUCAGCAAACAGUCGGCACAGAUCCACGCUGGAGUCAGUUUAAUUUCCCCAGGAAUUUCUGAAGAGAAACACGUACAGGGAAAAAGCAAUGUUACCUGCCAAACAUUACUCACCUUACCUGUAGAUUUCAAUCUGGAAAAGAUAUUGGGAGAUUACUACAAAACAGAGGAGGUUUCAGAGCAAGUGCAGGAGACCUUAAGCUCCUCCUCCUUGCGACGAAAGCUCUUCCUGGACGGGAAUGGCAGUGGUUCAGAAUCAUCCACUCCAUCGAGCCCAGAGCGAAGCCCCAUUGAGGGUCUGCUUGAGAGAAGUGGUGCACCAGUCUCUGUAGUGUCGCCACUCCAGUGUGGAGCAGCGGUCCUAACACCUAGCUCUGGGCAGUUCUCCUCGAGUCCGAUUCAAGGCAGAGGCCGAGCAUACAGCUUGGGUAGCAUGGCCAGCCCUAUGUUCCCUGAAAAGUCCUCACCCAAUUUCAAGUCGCCCAUGUUGUCACCCAUCAUUGUCCAGUAUGUGAAAACACCCAUGUCUGGAGAAAGGAAAAAGCUGAUCUUCCAGACUCCUGAUGGAAUGGCUCUGAGCAGCUCCAACAUUGAUGUCAGCUACUGCAAAGGGAGCCCUUUUGUGGAGGGCUGCUCCCCAAUCAAGAGCUGUUCCCCAGUGCAGCGUAGAGCAUGCGGAUGGCUGCUCCCUCAUUAUAGAACGUCCCCCCUUCAGCUCUCACCUCCUAUCUUUGAGGACAAAGAGAAUGUUCACCCAAGUGACGGCCUAUCCAUAGUCGAGUCCAAAGGGUGUCCUACUCUGUUAGCCACUCCCUCAGGAAGGUGUGAAGAUGCCCUGGGGAGCAUGGGUGGCCUGUGUGAAAAGGAAAUGCCUGCCCCCAGCCUGGUGCCAAUGGAGGACAUGGGCAUCAAUAAUACAGUGAACAUGGGAGAGGUCACUGAAAGUCGAGAAGACUACGGUACCUGGGCAGGCGACGGGGUGGAGAGUAUCCCCUUACGUCUGACCAGUUCCCGAACUGGAAGCCUGCUGAAUGCAGAGAACUCUCACAUGUAUGUGUCUAUGCUAGCUGAAGGCAGCACCAUACCCUAUGACUGCAGCAUGCAGGUGGACAGUGGUUACAACACAUAUUCAGUUCCCACAAACAGCACCAUGGACGGGGUCAGCUCGGAAAGCCAGACGAAGGAGGUGCUUGGACACGCGUCUGAAGAAGCCUUUUCACACACUAAGAAUAACCAUAUUAAGACAAAGGUAUUUAAUGCACACCACUGAUAAUCAUGGAGAAGAUGGACAUGUCAUAUCCUGGUUGAUGCUUUAGAUGAAAUCACAGAUGAGUUGGAAGUACUCUCACAAGCUAACAAUGGGAACAGUAAUACUAAUUGCUUGCACAAACAGUUGAAUACAUUUUUCUAAAGUAUUAACUAGGAAAUCAUUUAAUUGUGGUCUGUUUUCCCCCCACCUUAUUCUAGGACAUUUUAAUAAACUUGAGGUUUAAUAGCAUUACGGUUAAAGUGAAUAAAGGGUCGCAGAUUGCUAGGGAGAAUUUUCUCUAUAUGUAAUGUAUUACUUGAUCAGAACAGGAUCCUCUCUUUAUUGGACCACUAUGAACAUUUAUUAUUUUAAAAUUAUUCACAGUGAUAAAUCUUAAAAUUUAUAUAUAUU